CGAGGAGCCGCACCACGGCCACGAGGAGCUGCACUGGCACAAGAACAGGGUCCACGGGCCUCAUGAGAAGGGGCACAAGGUGGAGAAGCCGGACGAGGUUUUCCGUGUGGGCUUCCCCCUUCGCACCAACUACAUGUACGUCAAGGUGAAGCGGACGCUGCAUCACGAGAUCUUCGCUUUCACUGUCUGCCUCUGGCUCAAGUCCAGCUCAGCGCCUGGCGUUGGCACCCCCUUCUCCUACUCCGUGCCUGGCCAGGCCAACGAGCUGGUGCUCAUUGAGUGGGGCAACAACCCCAUGGAGCUACUCAUCAACGACAAGGCUGCCACCUUGCCCCUGGCUAUCCACGACGCCAAGUGGCACCACAUCUGCGUGACCUGGUCGACGCGGGACGGCAUCUGGGAGAGCUACCAGGACGGGGUGCGGCGGGGCAGCGGGGAGAACCUGGCCCCCUGGCACCCCAUCAAGCCAGGGGGCAUCUUCAUCCUGGGGCAGGAGCAGGACACGCUGGGCGGCCGCUUCGACGCCACGCAGGCCUUCAUCGGGGAGCUGGCCGACUUCAACGUGUGGAGCCACGUCCUGGCGCCGGGCGAGGUCUACAGGCUGGCCACCUGCGCCGGCCGCGCCCGCGGGGAUCUCGUGGCCUGGGCCGAGGGCGCCGUGGAGCUGCACGGGGGCGUGGCCAAGCUGCCCUUCAACGCCUGCCACUGA